UGGGGGCUCGGCUCGGCAUGGACGAAGCAAAUUGAGCUCAAGUUCGAUAUCGCACCGAGUUGGCGCCGGCGCGGCUCUCGAAGCUCGAAGCUCGGUGAAAAAUCGUACCUGAUCGUACGCGGAGUGGCGGCGCUACUAUCAGUUGAUAGUGGGAUUUGGCAGUGAACUAGACAGAGCGAAACCAAGGCUGCCCUGGCCCAGUUUGCUUUUGCUUUCAAAUGGAUGAAGACCAACGGUGGCUCUGGGUGUAACAACCCUGGGAGUAAAAGUUUUCGGUUUCCUUUGCCCAGCUGUGAAAAGAAUUUCCCACCGUAAUAUCCUUAUGCAUGCGUCGAUUCGAUCGUAUUUGCGAUCUAGCUGUUAUAGCAUACAGACAACGAAUUUAUUGAUCUAGCUAGUGCGAGAAGUUUCAAGAUUUUGUUCUUUAGUGUUGUGUUGUGUAGUGCUGAAACUUAGAACGAUGAUUUACCUGCAGUUGUUCCUGAUGGGGUUUGGCGUGUACGCCACGUUUCUGUGGGCGUACAAUACAUUUCUGGAGUCGUUGCUUGGCAUAGUGUGGGGAACUAUAAUAGGAUGGUUUAGGAGUAAGCCAUUAACGGAGAAAUAUGGACCGUGGGCAGUCAUCACCGGCGCCACAGAUGGUAUCGGCAAGAGGUAUGCCGAAAUUCUGGCGAGCAAGGGUAUGAACAUUGUGCUCAUUUCACGCAGCGAACCAAAACUGAUGAAAGUAGCCAAUGAGAUUUACGAACGGUAUAACGUCCAAACCCGGUGGGUCGCGGUGGAUUUCUCCAGGGGUCCAGAGAUCUACAAGAUGAUCAAGGAGCAGAUCGAAGGGUUGGAUAUUGGAAUUCUUGUGAACAACGUCGGAUAUUACCCAACCGUGCGAACAUUUGACCUUAACUCUGACGACGAGAUCGUUUCAACCAUCAACAUCAACAUUUUGAGCACAUCGAUGAUGUCGCGGAUUGUGCUACCCGGGAUGAAGUAUCGUAAGCGAGGAAUCAUUGUCAACAUAUCGUCCACUUCCUGCUAUCGACCGGCUGCAUACCUGAACAUGUACGCAUCGGCAAAGGCCUUCGUCACCAACUUCAGCUUGGCGUUGAACCACGAACUACGUGGGAGUGGCGUCGAGUGCCAGGUGGUUACCCCCGGUAUGGUGCACACCAACAUGAUCAAAAAGUUCGAAGGUGACGUUCCGUGGUACAUUUCGAUUACGACGUCGGAUUCGCUGGCCAAGUUUGGAGUUUAUUCAUUGGGGAAAACGUCCCAUACGACCGGGGGCUGGAUGCACGCUUUUCAGAUAUCCUGGCAAGACCUAAUGCCUUUGUCGUUGGGGACGUUCCUCAUUUCCUUAAUUUACAAGAAAGCUGUUGACAAAUGAAAAGACACAACUUGUGGCAAGUCAUUUUAUUUUAGGCAUUACAUCGUUUUUAAGUUACUGUUCAAUUGAUAUUACAUUUCAACUUUUGCUAACAUUUUUAGUUCUCUUUUUGUUUAAGUGCUCUUUUUGUAUGAGUAUUUACUUUAGCAGGUAAACUCAGAAGCUUCGUAAACAUAUUGCUAACAUUCAUUUUUUUUGCGAAUCUGCUAUCUGAAAACACUCAAUUCUUUCUAAACUGGUCGAACAAAGUAAGUAAUAUAAAGCCUUGAAAGUACCAAAGAGUGUUCAUUUGCAACGCAUCAUUAUUACUAUUUUUCCAAUGACUUCAUAGAUGUAUAGCACAGACAUUGUUAAAUGCAUCUGCAAACAAACUUAAUUAAAAGACAGAAAGUACACUACCCAUAGAAAAUUUGGGUUCGGUUAUUGCUACCUAUUCCGUAUUGUUAGUGGGUAGUGUAGGUUGAAAUUAAUAAUACUGCCCUUUUAAUCGAUUUGAGUCAUGUUUCAAGCACUGCUAUAAAAAUAGGCUAUCUAAGUUUUUUUUUUCAUAAAAGUACAAUGGUAAAACUUUUGAAUAAAAUUUUUAAAUAAAACGAAAAAAAUGAUUUAAUUUGGGG